CCUUAGGAGUGGGCGUGAAAGACACGAAAGGAAGAGGAGGUCAAAUGAGAUGGUAGAGUUUGGAAAGCGUGAGUCUGUCAUAAGGAGAUAUAACCAAGUUAAUAGACGUCUGGUGUGAUUAUAUCGUUUAUGUUGCACAUUUUUAUGUUUCAGUUCGAAUAUAAGAGUGGCGUCAGAGGGGUUUGGGUUCCUUUGUUUGAGGCGAAAUAGUUAGUAUGAAAGCCUGCUAGCUAAUGCUAACGACACAUGUAGCGUGUUCACACAGGGGUUGACAGCAAGAGUUGCUACCAGAGCGAAGUUAUGACUACUGCUAACUAAACCCCUGCUUCUUUAUACACACAGAGGUAAUCUAUGGUGGUUAUUUUUGAGACGUCCGGUUUGUUUAAAAAGUUAGCUGGGUAACGUUGCUGCUGCAUCGUCCUGCCAUUGGUAUUUAUCUCUGGGACCUUGUGUCACGGUCACAGCUGUCAGUCAUGUUUCACUCCGUGCCCCGACGUCCCAUCUGCGAGAUCGGAGUCAAUACAAUGCGGCUCCAGAGCAGCAGGUCUCUCGGGUGUACAGUGGAGGAGGGCAUGGAGAAAGUCCAGAGGUUCCCGAUGCUGGGCAGGAACUUGGGCCUGCUGCUCUCCUGGCUCCAGAGAGCAGGUGUGGGCUCCAACAGGGCCUCGGGUCAGAAGAAAAAAAAGGGACUGCUGUCCAUAUUUGCUGACCACUGUGGCUUUGUGACCGGUCAAAGGCUACGGCGGGCCUGCCAAGUGGGCGAGCUUUACUCCAACCUGUACUCCGAGCGGACCAGGUGGACCCUGGUUGGCAACAUUUGGCGCAGACUUCAGAACAAUCACGCCCCCACAGGGAAGCUUGUGGCGGCUCUGGCUGGGGUUUUCUUGUGGGAGAGUGAGAAGAUACAAGAUGAGGAAAUCCGCAGAUGUGGACUCGAGUUGGAAGCCAUGGAAGCUGUGAAAAAGCUAUGCACACAGACUAGCCAUAAGGCCGCGCACCAGGAAGGUGGCUGGGAAGUUGUGGUGGACAAGAAGGAUAUCAGAGUGUGGAAGAGGCAAAUUUCCAACACCCAGCUCUAUGAAUACAGAGUAUUGGGAUCCUACAACGAUGUCACACCGAGACAGUUCUUCAAUGUACAGUUGGACACUGAGUACAGGAAGAAGUGGGAUUCAUUGGUCAUCAAGCUUGAAGUGGUUGACAGGGACGUCAACACGGGCUCGGAAGUUGUGCACUGGGCGACACACUUUCCAUAUCCGUUGUUUUCAAGAGACUAUGUUUAUGUGCGGCGGUAUGAUGUUGACGUGGAAAAUAACAUGAUGGUCUUGGUAUCCAGAGCUGUGCAGCAUCCAAGAGUCCCAGAGACCCAAGAAUUUGUGAGGGUCCACUCAUACCAGUCAAAGAUGGUCAUUCGUCCUCAUAAGUCCUUUGAUGAGAACGGGUUUGAUUACUUGCUGACCUACAGUGACGAUCCACAGACGGUCUUUCCUCGUUACUGUGUGAGCUGGAUGGUGUCAAGUGGCAUGCCAGACUUUCUAGACAAGCUCCAUACUGCUGCCUUGCGGGCCAAGAACUUGGAGGUCGGGAUUCACGACUACACCGGCGUCAUCAAAUCCAGCGAGUCCAACCGUCAGCCGAGCCAGGAGCGCCUAGGUGCUGAAAACACACACACUGGUGGUCCUGGUCACAUCUACGCUUGAGACGGAAGUCGUCCAGGAGUCAACUCUGGCAUGUUUUAAUUUGCACUUGAGUCUGUUUGAAGUCCUCCAAUGAAACCUUUAGGGUACUGUUACAAAAGAACCCCUUAACUGUCACCCCAAACACACCCACAUGUAAGCCAAUGGGGCCAUAAGGACACCGGUGUCCUCAUGACAGUUAAGGGGUUUGCAGUCCAACAUGCAGACACACGUAGAUGCCGUUAUACAGUUUGUGAAUGAGGCAGCCAGAAUAUGAUGGAUGGCAUUACUAUCCUCGUGGAGACAAGGUGCAGACUGAUGAUGGUGGUACAGUUUUGGUAUCCAGCCAAUCCCGUGUCUCUCAUCAGUGUUUGGCAGUGGCGUGUCUUCUGUAACUAUAAGAUCCAGCCAGCUUUCCUGUUUGCGAAGAGGCUUUUGCCAAAGCACUGUUUCUCUCUCUUUUCUUUUUUCAAAGCUCCAUGGAAAGUCAUGUGGUUUGUCUUGACUUUGAUACAGGGAGGUGAAUAUGACUGAAUCCUGGUGGACUUUAUCACUGAAAUGCAAGGCCUUGACCCAAUGAACCCACUGCCUGAGGAAGAACUGUGGCCGCUGUGAGAAAUGCUUCACAAGAGGUUCCUGCAUUUCAUGGAUGAGGAGGUUGUAGUUUUUUUGCUGCACAAUAGGGUCAUUUUACUGGAUAAGGGGUUGUAUGUAAAAAAAAAAACAGAAAAAAAAGCUUUUUCUUUUUUUCUUUUUUUUUACAUACGAAGAAGAAAAACCAGAGUUUGUAGUCAUCUCAGUGUUCAAAGCUGCCAGCCUUCUGAAGAUAUUGCAGUCUUUCAGCAGUACAGGCAUAGUGUCUUACAAAAAACGCAUAAAUCCUCAUUAGAAAAGGUACUAAAGUGGUUGUAGUGAGGAGGUUGUACAAAAAGACAAAGCAGUACCCUGCAUAGACCGUGCCACAUGACAAUUUAUCUGGAUGUAUAUUUAAGUUCUCAUUUCAAAUCUUGUUUUUUGCCUUUCUCCGUUUAGUUUGUUUUCAGUCUGUGAGUUACGUGGUUUUCUCCUUUAGUGUAGAUCUGGCACGCUUAUCGUUUUUAUGUGCAAAAAGCUUCACAAUACCUAACCCGAGUUUCAAUUAUACAUUUUCUUUUUUUAUGCAGGUUCUGCUGAAACGUCAUAGUGUUCUCCAUCAAUGUUUUUAAUGAGCUGUAUGCAGGGUCUAAUGAAUGUACAAAGUGAACCACAUGCUGUGGACUGAAACCUUGCCUAAUUAAACUGUUUACAGCUUGUUAAUCUGACACCGACAUGGUGUUUAACAAAGCCCUCCAUGUUCUACUAAAUUGUUAUGUUCACAAUUUGUAGUUGAUGUAUCUGAGUGAAUCUCUCGUUUCAGUGUAAUUCAGUCUGCUUCUUUUUUUUUUGUGACAAAAUCUGAUCCUUAAUUUGUUUAAUUCAGUGGUGAAGCAUGUCCUGCUUUUUAAAUAAACUUAUUAGUGUAAGAUGAGAGAAAUUUGAUGUAUUGAAAUUUAAAUGUUUGUUUCUGAAGCAGUCUGUCAUAAUCAAACUGAAAUGUGAAAAUCUCAAUCCAAUAAAACAUAUUUGCUACUGUUAAA